AUGGUUCAGCCCAUCUUUGCUGUCUUGGCCCUGGCCACUGCGGCAUCGGGCGCCUUCACGGGUAACCUCAACUACCUGUCGCCAUCCAAGCACCAUGCCUCGCUCGGUGUCUCCAUCAACAAGGUCGCCAAGCGUACUUACGCCAACUCCCAUUGGGACCCGACCAAGCUCAACUUCACGCACGGCGUAGCGUCCGGCGACCCGUAUGAGGACAGCGUCAUCUUGUGGACGCGUGCUGCUCCGACAGCCGACAAUGACAAGAGCAAUCUGACCGUCAGCGGCUACGUUCCUCUUUACGACCACAGCAACGAGGACUACGUGAAGAAGAGCGACUCGCCGGUCUGCAUCGACUGGAAAAUCGGCGCGAGCAAGAGCCUUGAUUCUGUUGUUGACUCGGGUACUGCUUACACGAGCUCUGACGUGGAUUACACUGUCAAGGUUGAGGCCAAGCGGUUGGCGCCUUUCACGGUCUACUACUAUCAGUUUGGUAUCUGCAAUUCCAACAAGACUUCCCCGAUUGGCCGCACAAAGACGAUCCCUUCAAAGAACUCCCGAGUUGAAACACCAAUCAAGCUUGCCGUCUAUUCCUGCAGCAACUACCCUUUCGGUUUCUUCAAUGCGUACGGCAACCCAGUUCGGAAGGACUCAGUUGACUAUGUUAUACAUCUUGGAGACUACAUCUACGAGUACGGCAACGGCGAGUACGGUUGGGGCAACUCAAUCGAUAGAAUCCCUCUUCCUGAUCGCCAGAUCUACACUUUGUAUGACUACCGCAAGCGUAUUGCAACCUACAGAACGGACCUGGACUUGGUUGCCAGCCACCAGAGUUUCCCCUGGAUCCCCGUUUGGGAUGACCACGAGGUCUCGGACAAUACGUGGAGAGAUGGAGCGUCUGAGCUCAACAACACUGAAGAAUCUUUCAUCGCUGAUGGAGGUGUCUCGGUUGAUCAGCGCAAGAUGAACGCCGUUCGCGCAUACUUUGAGUGGAUGCCCAUUCGCCAAGUCGAUAUGGAUGACAACCUCCGCAUCUGGAGAGAGUUCAACUUUGGCAACCUCUUCGACCUUGUCAUGCUGGAUACUCGCCAGUAUGAUCGCGCUAUCACCGAUGUCUACACCAACACCAAUUAUAUCCACGCCAUCUCCAACGAUGCAAGCCGUUCCCUCAUGGGCCCCCGCCAAGAAGCCUGGUUCUACAAAACCCUCCGCCAAAGCUCCACCCGCGGCGCGACCUGGCGCGUCAUCGGCAACCAAAUCAUCUUCAGCCGCAUGAAUCAGAGCCUGGCCCUCGGUGCCGAGAACCCGAUGAACUACGACCAAUGGGACGGAUACCAAGCCAACCGCAACCGCACCUUCCAGGUCCUGUACGAGCAAAACGUCGGCAACAAUAUCUUCCUCGCAGGUGACUCGCACGCCUCGUGGGUUUCCGAUCUUGUUUGGCUCGGCGAGCACGAGUACGACCAGAGCACGGGCUCCGGAUCCGUCGGCGUCGAGUUCGCGGGCUCGGCUGUGAGCUCACCGUGCCCGAUUGGACAGAAUGUCUCGCUGGCGGCGGCGAAUGCGGGAUCUGCGUGGCUUACGGCUGCGAACCGCGAGUUGCAGUGGCAGGACCUAUUUUACAGGGGCUACUACGAGCUCAGCAUUGACUACGAUGCUGUGAAUGCUUCUUUCUUUGGUAUCCCGACGACGAGGAUCAAGCAAGGAUACGAAAUCUCCUUGGCCAACUUUACUGUACUGGCUGGCGAGAAUAAGCUACAUCGUUUGAACGGCUCUGCGGCUGUUGGAGGUCUUGCUGAGAGUGGCAGCCUGAAGAACGGUCGCAUUGUGCAGACGAACUUGACGCAUGAUACGGGCAGCGGCGCGUACCUGAAGUACGACUCACCUUGA